AUUUGUCAAAAUUGUUUAUUAGAAAUUUGUUAUAAAUUUUCCAAGUGAAGAAAAAGAUUUUCAGUUCCUAUCCGCACAUUUAAAAAACAGAAAACAAAUCUGUUUUAUUAAUUAAAAAUGUAAAACAAACUCUAACAAUACAACUCAUAACAUAAAAUAACUAAAAUUAAGUUCAUACAAAAAUUCCUUAACUUGUUGAAUACACACACCAUUUGCCAUUUGGUUAUAGAAAUUCCUUAUUCCUAAAGAAAAAAGUUAUGUUUGCAUUGUUCCUUUCCUGUUCCUUAAGCUCAAGUAAAAUGGCGAAGCACCGACGGCAACGUCGUCGAUUAGAAUAAAAAAAGAGCAACAACUUAUUUGCUUUGCAAAACCAAAUGCAAAGGAAUUUAUUCUUCUUCUCAAAGGAAAAAUGUGUGAUUUUAAUAAAUAACCAGAGAUAAAGAAACAACCAAUGUUUACUCGGCCAAAAAGCCAACAUGAAGUGGUACUACUCGUUUUUGGUUCGACGGCCUUAUUUAAUGGUCCUGUCUGUUGGGGUGCUUUGUACGGCGUGCAUAAUAGUUUCGCUAAUAACUAAAACGUUUCCAGAUUUUAGUGAUCCUACUUUGGGAUUUGAAGCUCGUGGUACUGAAAUUGGUCAGCGUUUGACUGCCUGGCGCAAUUUGUGGCAGGAAACUGGACCAUCUGGGAAGUUGGUGGCUAACCCAAAUGACUUGCUAUCAUUUCAGCAAGACUAUAAUCAGGAUGUGGAACAGCUGAUGGGCCAUCAUAAGAAGCGCCAGCGCAAGAAGAAGAAGAAGAAUAAAAAGAAAACGAACGCUGAUUUAUCGAGGAAAAUAAAGAAAUUGCGAAAGUUCUCCAACUCCGAAACGGAUGCAGACCCCACCGAGUGGAAUGGUGACACUGGAGUUUUUCGUGACUAUGCAAUAACAAAUGACUCGAUUACAGAUGAAGAAAAUCACCAUCGAAACAUUUAUGGACGAAAUAUUUCGUUUGUUGACGAGAAAGAAGAGCAAGAAAGAGUGCAGUCGAAAAAGAGUACUUGGCGUAUUCUGUCCCAGUCAACACCGCCACCAAUGUUCAAUGAAGUUCACAUUAACAUCGAUGGUUUUUUCUGUGAAUCGCCAACUAAGGAAUUCUCACAUUUUGUUGUGGAACGUAUCGGUCCUAAUUCAACUGAUUCACUUUUUGAUGUUAAUGCCUUGUUGGCUAUGUGCCAAUUAGAACAUCAGAUAAUAGCAAUUGAGAAUUAUGGAGACUAUUGCCAAAAGGAGAUGCUUACUGACAAUUGCUGCCGUCCAUGGUCAAUACCAAAUUAUGUUGCAAUGCUUUCCAAUAAGACGUCCUGUUUUGAUUUAACUCCCGACGAUGUAGCAGCUGUUCAAAGUCUUCUUGUGGGUUGUUAUGAUUAUUAUCUAAACAUGAAAAUAGGUUAUGACUGCAGUGAAUCAAGAUGUCCUGCACCGAUAGAGUGCACACGUCAUAACGCUGUAUUUAAUAUUUUACAUUAUUUGACUGAUUUAAAUUUUAUUAAAAUUAAUGACUCAAAUUUAUUUCUUAAGUAUUCUAUGAUCUUCGUUCCUGUUGCACAAACAACAAAAAUUCUGUCGUUGUUUCAUCAUUGGGAAAAUACAGAGUUAAAAAAUGAACUUGUGCAAGUUACCGCAAUGGAUUUGGGCCUCAAAAACACACUCUUCGAUGAAUCUUUACUCGCCGAUGGAUGGUUAGUUGGAUUGGGCGGUUUAUCUGUAAUGAUCUGCAUGUGGUUGUAUACGUCAUCUUUGUUUGUUACCGGCAUGACGUGCAUAGCGGUGAUAUUUUCCUUAGGAUUAGCCUACUUUAUUUAUACAUUAAUAUUCGAAAUGACGUUCUUUCCAUUUAUGAAUUUACUCGCUGUGGUUGUGAUUAUUGGAAUAGGUGCCGACGAUGCAUUUAUAUUCUUAAAAUUAUGGCAAUGUAUAUUGGCGGAGAGAAUAACAAAGUCUUCGAGCACAAAUUCGCAUUCUAUAUCUGUGAUGGAUACAGAAUAUUCGGAAACCUUACAGUAUUUGAUGGCUACAACAUUGAGUCAUUCGGCUUUGUCCAUGUUUGUUACUUCAUUGACAACGGCUGCUGCUUUUUAUGCAUCCUAUCUUUGUUCAAUAACUUCGAUUAAAUGUUUUGGUAUUUUUGCUGGAACAGCUGUCAUGUCGAAUUUCUUUUUAAUGGUAACUUGGUUACCAGCUACUGUUUCUAUUAUGGAACGAAUAUCAUGUGAUUGUGGAAAGUGCAUAUCACAUAGAAUUUUUCAAAAAUUUAACAAGUCAAUUAAUUGUUUCUGCAAAAAGUUAGAAGACCUAACUGUCAAUGCUGUACUUAAAUUUCCCAUUGUAUGGGUUAUUUUAUUUAGUACUAUCGGAAUUGGAAGCGGAAUUGUUGUUUUAUAUUAUCCUGGAAUUCAAUUACCAGAAACAUCUGAUUUCCAACUUUUUGUUAAUUCACAUCCGUUCGAGCUGUAUGAUUCAAAGUUUAAAAAUGAAUUUUCAUUUGAGAGAAUGAUACCAUCACUCGAUAAGCUUCCAAUGAGAUUCGUAUGGGGUAUUCUGCCUAUAGACGACGGUGAUUAUGCAAAUCCAAGCUCACAUGGGAAUUUACACUUUGACAAUAAUUUUAAUAUAUCAUCGAAAGCAUCGCAAUUAUGGCUAUUUAACUUUUGUAAAAACAUCAAACAACAGCCAUUCUAUAAGCUCACAUUGGGCAUGCUAUUGCCAAAUUGUUUUAUCGAGAGUUUUAUCUCAUAUAUGAGUCGAAUAUGCAUUGAUAGCAUAGAUCUUACAGAUCGAACACCUUGUUGUGACACUUCAAAAUUUCCCUAUGAACCAGAUGUAUUUGAAUACUGUCUGCCCCACAUAACACAUUCUCUAUAUUCCCGACCGAAGAUUUUCAUUCCUGGUGUAGCUGGACCGAAAUUUAUGGCGGCACCGGAAAAUUACGAAGAUGAAAACUCAACACAGAUUCCACCAAUUGUAAAAGCAAUUGUCAUUGAGUUCGAGAGUAAUGUUUCCUACACAAUGGCGUAUCCGACAAUUAAAGAAUUUGUGCAUUCAGUGGAGGCAUGGUUUGAGACGGAACUAAAGACUGCACCGCCUCAAAUGCAAGGCGGAUGGUUUGUAAGCGAACUGAGUUUUUACGACUUGCAAGAUACCCUCUCGAAAGGAACCAUCAAUGCAAUUCUAAUGUCUAUGAUUGCAUCAUUGGUGGUAUUGUUGUUUGUUACGUUAAAUGUGCUGAUAAGUUUUUAUGCGGUUAUUACGGUGACUUUUACAAUAUUCACAACCGUUGCAAUUCUUAUUCUUCUCGGUUGGAAAUUGAAUAUAUUGGAGAGUGUUUCAGUGAGUACGGCAAUUGGAUUGGCUGUGGAUUUUAGUAUACACUAUGGCAUUCAUUAUCGCAUGUCGCCAACAAAUGAACGUGAUGCUGCGACUCGUUACGCUUUAACACGAAUUUGUGGGCCAACUGCAAUGGCCGCGUUAACAACAGCUUUGGCAGGAGCAUUUCUUUUGGGAUCGGAAUUAUUGCCGUACAUACAAAUUGGAGUGUUUUUAGUUGUUUGUGUGACAGUGAGCUGGUUUUAUGCUACGUUUUUCUUAAUAAGCGUUUUAAAGCUUAUCGGACCGCAGUAUGGAUUUAUGCAGUUAAAGUUUCCUAAGUUCAAGAAAAGGCCAAAGAAAACUGGUGGCGGUUAUUAUGAACGAAAACCAAGCCAAGCUAUUGCCAGCGAACAACUUCUUACUCCAUCAAGUUCAGCAGUUGGAGAUCUACUUAAUUCCGAGACACACGAAUUAGAUUCACUCACAUCAAAUUCACUAAUAAAACCAAUGUCGGAAUGCUCUCGUCCCCCAAUCGAUUUGGAUCGCGCAUUUAUUCGCACAGCAUCGACUGUAAGCAAUAAUUGCAAAGACUAUCAAAGUCCGUCAACAGGAAGUGCAAUAACAAUGGUUUUAUCCGAAGAUCCCAAUUAUAGAGUUUAACGAAAACCCGAUCGGGGUAAGAUUUAAGCACUCAACUAUUUCUUUCCUUAAUUUGUUAAAAAAUAAAACAAAUAAUAUUGUUAAUGACUUAAUACUUAAUAUUACAUGGAGGGAAAAAAAACUUGUUUAAACUAAUUAUGUUAUUAUAUGCAGAGAACGUCUAAGGAAAAAUGGAUUACUUUGCAAAUUGUUACAGUAGAUCUUAAGAGCUUUUACAAAUAGAAAGUCCACUCAGCGAAAAAAGAAAAGAACAUAUAUUAUGCUGAUUUUUGUUAUGUCCAAAAGGUCUUAAGGCAUUCUUUUACUUUUAGCAAGGUUAUGCAUUAUUUUUUUGGACUCCAAGAAUGUAUAAGUGAUGCAUAGCAAAAUAUAAAUAAAACUUAAAAUUUUAUAUUGAGUCGGAAACGGAGAAAUAAUUAUUUAAAAAAAAGAAAAAAGAAAUAACUUAAAAUUCAGGUCAAGCCAUUUACUGAACUAGAAGGCAUUUAGUACUUAAAAAAAUAUACAGAAAUUGUGUUUGUGUUUACACAUAAUAUAAAUAAAUUUUAAGCAAAUAGUAGAAGAAAACUAUAAUGAUAUAUAUAUAUAUUAAAUGUUAGUGUUUGUAAUGAAUAGAAAUGUUUUAUGUACUUCAACUUUAUAUAUUUACUGCAAAAAAAAAAAACAACAACAAAAAUGUUGAAAUAAGCUCAAAUUAAUAUUACGUUCUUGUAUUUGAUUAAAAACAAAAAAUAGUUUAUACACAUUUUACUUAGGAACGCGCGUGCUGUGCUAAUAUUGAUUUGUUAAGCGCAAAUCAAAUAAUAAAUAAAGUAAUAAUUCUUUUAUUCAAGAAAAUGCAAAAUAAUAAUACAUUCAGUAUUUUAAAAUUUAAGUGUCAGUUGGUUUCCUUAAAUGCAGAAAACUUUAACACACAAAAUAAUAAUUAUGUAAUAAUUAAAAAAAAGUAUAUAAUAUUAAGUGUUUAUUGUGGUAAAAAAAUAACAAACAAACAAACAAAACAGUGAAUAAUUUAAACAACAUAAUUUGUUUUAUGUAAAUUUAACUGUGAUAAAGAAAUAUGUUUCGUGCAAAAUCACUU